UCGCAGGCGGAGUAGAGCCCGGAGCCCGGGCAGGAUGCGCCUCGCCGCCCCGCCGCUCCUGCUGCCGGCCCUGCUGCUGCUGCUGGCCGCGCUCCCCGUCCGGGGCCGCCGGGAGCCCCCCGCGCCGGGGCCGCCAUUGGCCGCGCAGGGCCCCGCCAACGCCAGCCGGCCGCCGCCGGAGCCUCUGGGCGCCCCCGGGAACCACAGCGGCGCCCAGGUCAGCCUCCUGCCCGCGCUGCUCCGGGACCUGUCCGCGCUCAAGGCCGCGGUGAUCGGGGCGUGUGUCCUCAGCGCCGGCCUCAUCGGCUGCCUGCUGCUGCGGGUCUGCAGGUCUGGCAAGAGGAUUAAGAAGACACGGAAGUACGACAUAAUCACAACCCCGGCUGAGCGAGUAGAAAUGGCCCCUCUGAACGAAGAUGAGGAUGAUGAUGAAGACUCGACAGUGUUUGAUGUGAAAUACAGGUAAAGCUGUUCCAUGGAUCGCUGGUUCCCUGUGAGAAGUCAGUCAGCUGUCGAGAGCCCUGCUGAAGCCUUAACUGUGAAGGAGAAGCUUUCAUCUCUGCAAUAUUGAAACCAAAACAAACAUUGCCUCCGCCGUGAUGUGAUUUAUACAGCACACAGCAGCGGGGUGUUUGAUUCUCUGCCCAAAAUAUCACUAUUAAACUCCUAGUUUCCACACUUCCACAGUAGAAUGACCUGAGAUCUUCCUCGUAGACUCUGCUCUGUUGCUUGAAGAGGCUGUGGGGUUGCUAAAGCAUAUGGGGUGAAUACAGCACUGUGUAUAGACUUUCAGCACUCACUGGUCCAAAUACAUUUUGUAAAAGGAGGGAACCCCCCUCCCCCCCAAAUCAGACCCCAAAAGACUUUCUUCUCUAAAAGCUGAAUCCGAUACUUUUGGUCUCUGUUAAACAGAUCUCGUGUUUUAAAAACUUGGAAUUGUAUGAUCCUGGGCCUAGAGAAAUACUUGCCCAUCUCUAUGAAGGCUGGUGGCUGAAACUGUGCUGAAAUGUUACAGUGUGUGUGGUGGUGGGUUUUUUAUUAUUUUUUUUUUUUUAUUUUGUGACUGUUGUAAAAAAUUGUAAUGACUUGCUACUGAUUUUUAACAAUUGCACUAAACCCUC